AUGGUGUCCGUACCCUUUCGCGGUGCUGGGGCUUUGGUUGCGUAUAGGAACUCCGCAGCAGGGCGUUGCCGCGAGCACGACGGAGACCAAGACGACUCCGCCUCUCGAGAAGGUUCCACGCCAUGCCCGGUGCGGGAAGGUGAGGCGGUCUGCCCGCAGACUGUCGGACAAAACUGCACGACCGUUUCGCAGCAGUCACUCCGUCGAUAUCACAUGCCGCUGCGGUGUCCACAAGAACCCUGGCCCGAGGAGGAUGGUUACAUCAAUAUUUGGCAGCUUAACAUUGCAGGCCUCUCGUCCGUGAAAAAUAUUGCAUUUGCGGCGCGAUUGGAGCAGCGUCCACCUGACAUCUUUCUUCUGCAGGAACUAAAUAACCGUGGUGACGUAGCGAUGAAAUUAUCUGGCCAUAAUGACUACCUUCAGGCCUCACUGGGCGCGGUGGUGGCGUUGCCGUUCUGGUGCGCCACUCUCUGCCGUGCGAGCGCCUGUCGCUCCCUGGCACUGACCUUCUGGAGACCAUUGUUGUCCGUGCAUUUCCACCGGGCUUUUCCAGCAUUUGCGUGGUGA